GGCAACAGAAGCACUUCACAUUUUAGUUUUUUUUUUUUUUUGGGUCCAGAUGCCGAAUCACAGCAGCCUGUUUCCGAACCGAAUGCUACAGUGAGGGAGGAAGACACUGGCAGACAAAUUGACGAGAGCAGUGGAUUGUUCUCAUGCUUCAUGCGUCCAUGAGGUAAAAAUGCAGCGCGCGGAGGUUGGCAUCGCAGCUGUCGGUUCUGUAAGCCUACCGCGGGAGCUCAGAGGAGCACGAGAGGAACACACCGCCACUGCUGCAGCAAGACGGAGUACAAGGCUGGUUCUGGCUGGUUCACAAAUGGAAAUGGCUGCCAAAUCAGAAAAGGUCUCUGUGUGAUAGCCCAGUCCGAUUUGUCAUUGGGGAUCCUGGACAAGAAGCCCCUAAGAGCGGAGACUCCCUUAUUUUCACAGCUAAACCAACAGAGCAAACCUCCUCAGACUGCACUGUGCAAAGCACCAGGGGAAUCUCAAAUACACACAGUCCCAUGAGCGGCCUGUCUGGGCGGCUGCGGUCAGGAGGUGUGCGUGUCGUGUGUGGGGGGGUGGCGGAGGAGGAGUGCGUGGAGCCAGAGGCGUGGGGGGCGGACAGGGGGGCCACAGUGGCCAGUGGCUCCAUCGGCCCCCGCCCCUCAGCCUCUGCGCUGCACUACAGUGUUUACCCCUCUCACGCGCUCGCUAAUGGCCUGCGCAGCCAUGACAACCAGCACCACAUGCGCAGGCACAGGAACGAGGAGACGACAAACACAAGCCUGCAGCAGGACCAUUCAGACAGUCACACAUUUACACACCUUGAAACCGACUCGCCCCUACAGCAGCUGGAAACACACACAGCGCAGACCCUCAUGCACACCGAGUCACAAACACCAGCCUAUACACAAGGGGACACUCAUUCUGAGAUGGAUCUGGAAUCCUCCGCAGUACAGCCACAAACACACAGGCAAACACCCUCACCACUGCUCAAGCCCAUGCCGCCUGCACACACGUCCCUUCCCUCCACACCCCUUUCUCCUGACCCCUCCAAGCCAAACCACACCACCAACACCACCGAUCCUGUGCCCGUCGCCAGCCCGGCUGAGUUAGAGAGGAAGUACACGCUGCGGAGCUCUGGCCGACCGCGCUUCCCCAGCCACCUGCGCAAGUCCAGCAGGCUUCGCCGCGUGUCUGAAAGCACAAAAGACAAGCAGGAGGACGUGAUCGAGGAAGAGGAAGUACAAGUAAAGAGAGAGGAGAGAACCUGGAGAGGAGGAGAAGCGGGGGAGCGGGUGAAAACAGAACAAGCUCCUGAGGUGACUCCUCCUGCACCCUGUAACCCCCAUCCCCCUCCUCAUUGCACUCCACCAGCAAGCACCACCAGGGGUGUUGCUGAAUGUCCCGUUGGUCCCCCUCACAUGAAACGGAAGGGCAGGUUUAAGGGGGCACGGCGCAUCGUGGUGAAGGUACCUCGAAUCCCUGUGCACCUCAGCCGCCGGCAGAAGAGCUAUAAGAUCUCCUCACUGGAGGCAGUGUCAUGGGUUGGAGGUGGUAAAGAUGUGAACAUGGGUUUGGGCAGUCAGGGAAAAGAGGGAGCGGGACCUCCUCGUGAGCCCACUGCUCUGCUGCGCAUGAAGAACAAUGGGAAAAGUGUCAUGGUGAUGUUCCCCCCUGGAGAGUUACCUGUCAUCUUGAAGCGCCGUCGUGGACGACCACCCAAACAGGCCCUGCCUGGCCAACCUGACUUGAAGGAGACCAGGGCAGCUGCUGCUGCGAUUGCAGCCGCAGGGGGCAAUGGUGACAUGCCCAAGAAACCACGGCGACGCAGGCGAGUCAAGCUGCCCUCUCCUCAGCCCUGCUAUGUGACUGAAACCAAUGACACCUACAACGAGUAUGCCGAUGUCCUGUCCAAGCUGGCCUUCUUAACGCGGCAGCCUCCCCCAACUGGACGCUGUUCCCCUCCACGAUGCUGGACACCAACGCAGCCCGAGAGUGCCAGUGACACGCCACCGAACCCCGCUCUCCCCAUGCUCCUUCAAAGACUCUCUGGGUUUCGGAGGAGGGGCGGGCGAGGGGGUGGAGCUGGUGUGCGUGGAGGCGGUGCUUCAGGGCUCGGAGCCAAUGCCCCCAAAAGUGAUUUUUGUGACUUUUUUGAAACAAUCGGGAAGAAACAAAAAAAAGGUAUGCCAUCGGAACCGGGGGCUCCACGGAAACGAGGGAAGGGUGGUGGACCUGGUGGCGCCGGAGGAACGAGCAGGGCCUCCCAUUCAGAGAAGAUGAAAGCAGGGGAGGUGGAUCCUAUGGCCCCACCAGGCGAGAAGCCACCUCGCAAGCGGCGCUCACGCAAAAAUGGACUGACCAAGGCCGGGAAGGGUGUUGCCGCCGGCGAUGACUGGGCCAAUGGGAAUAUGGCUUGGGAAGGUAAGGACACACCUGAGCGAGAGACAGGGGCCAGGUAUGGCCCCAUGUCCUGCGCUGAGGGGAGGGGUAGUGGGGGGAUGUAUGGCAGCCCUGGAGUGCAGAGCAGUGGUGGAGACGAGGCCCAGGGGUUAUUUGCAGGGUACUUCCGCUCACUGCUUGACUCAGACGACUCCUCUGAUCUGAUAGACAUAUCCAGCCCCCCUGCCCGCAAGACUCCCGUGGGAUUUGAGGGGUCACCCCAGCGAUGGUCCCCUGCAUUCCCCAAAUGCAGCCCUAAGGGACAAAGUACUCCUGUGGAUGGAGGUCUGCCCCAGGCCAAAAGCAGUAGCAGCACCCCAGUCAGACCUUCCUAUCCAUAUGGCCAAAUCUCCCCAACUACACUCACCUACUCCAAGUCCUCUGCACUCUCCCAGUCCCGCUCCCCUAGCUCCCCACACCCCUCGACAGGUUAUACCCCUUUCCCCUCUGGCUAUACCAGCAGCACUGCUACACACACUCACAUACCAGCAGGUGCUGUCAGCUCUCCCAAUCAGACCCAGCAGAGGGUGAGUGACUGCAGUUUUGCUUUUGGGGCAAAGGCUUCGUCAUCUCCCUCUGCCCAGUGUCAGAUGGGCUACGCAAACUACCAGCCUGCAGCCAAGUGCAGCUAUGGAGCAUACAGCCCAGGCCACUCUGCUCUGAUGAGAGGGGAGGGAAAUGGGCCCACGUCUCCGGGAGGGGGUUACAUGAUGAUGUCCAAAUCCAGCCACCAUGCCUCCUCCGCCUCCGGCUCUCCACCUGAGGAGUAUAGGCAGUACCCAGGUCAGUGGGGGUACCGCCAGGCCUGGGGAGGGGGUGAGGGUUUUGCGGGGGGCCAGUACCACACCUAUGCAGAGUAUACUGGUGCCACAACAUCUCCAGAGUCCAAAGACAUCCUGGACAUCUCAAAUUACACGCCUCAGAAAACCAAGCAGAGACCAUGCUCAGACACCCUCUCCGAGUCGUCAUCGGACUCUUCACACAUCAGUGGAGGUGGCAGGGCGGUGUAUAGACAGAGGGAGGUGCCAGUGGUGGAAGGGCAGUCUAGUUUAUCAAGUCUGGAGAAGUUGAUGAUGGAUUGGAAUGAGAGUUCCACCGGCCCCUCCUUUAACUGGAGUCAGAGCAUGCUAUUCCAGGGCGGGGCCAAGCCGGGUCGUGGAAGGAGAAAACACAGUGAAAGCCCACAGGGUGAAAAAGAGGCGUGUCCUCCAGUGGCAAUGCCCCCGGGGUCACCUGUAAGCCCCUCCUCUCACAGUUCGGGGCCCAAGCGUGUAGGGGUCGCGGUAAGGGGUUCACGGGGGUCACGAGGAGGGAGAUAUGGAUACUCACCAUGCCAACGGGAGCGCUCUACCACCAAAUCCAAGUUGCCAUCUCAGAAGUCUCCCACAAGGAGUAUGUUUCAGGAGACUCUGGACUACUACAGCGGAGACAGUAGCAGUUUAUCCCCCAUGAGUCAUGGCCCUGAGACCUGUGAGUACCCCUCGCCGUACUCAGGCCACAGCUCGACCGCCUCCUCCGACGAGCGGAUCUCUCAGAUCUACCCCACCGACUCCACCUCUCUCUCCCCCAGCCCAUCUGUGCAGCUGGACGUCUUGAAGCCCUACCCCAAACCAGCCCAGGCCCCUCCCUCUCAGCCCUACUGCUCCUCCUCCUCCAGGACAUUUAGCCCCACCCUCUCCCCGACACCCCGCCUCCUCCCUCAGUGUGGCUCAUCUGUGAGUAAGGAACCGAUCUCACAGUAUGAUUCGCCCAGAUACAGCUCCUCCCCUUGCUGGUACAACCCCCACGCCUACGAGGAUGCUCGACCCCCUUCCAAACGAGAGCUGCCCAUGAUGAGCCCUGGUCUGAGAGCUAUGCCUCCAUCUCCUUACCCUGCUCCUUUACAGAGAGGCCCCUCUCACACAGGGGCAUGUGAGCCCGAGGAGUAUGGGUACCCUCGAGGGGGUGUGCUGUGCCAACUGCUUGACCAGUCCAGUGAGGACUGCUUCACCAGCCUUUGAAGGACAUCUCCAUGGAACCACAGCACAGGAGAUCUGGAUAUGGACAUCUCUCUGUCAUUCAUUUGUACUCCUUUUUUAAAAGACUGAAGGUUAAGAAACAGAGGAGAAGAGCUGAACUCUGUCUGUCUCCAGCAGUGACAAUCAAGAGACAACCACGUGCACACACAAGCACACACACACACCCAUGCACACUCACCCACCCACCCCCACACACACACCCACACACACACACAAACUGUAUCUGCCUUUCCCUCUUCAGUCGGACUGGGUGGGGUGUUUGAACAGUGGUUGGGGCUUCACUAAGUGAGGGAGCAGUCAGUCAGGGAAUCGGGCCCCCCCCCUCAGUUUACCAAACCUAUCAAUCAUCAAAAUCCUCUGGUUUGGACCCCUGACUUACCCCCCUCUUUUUAUGUUUUCUUGUUUUCACCUGUACUUUCUUACCUACCAGUCCUUAAACACUCUACCCCGGCCCCGCAUUAGUGACCACACCUGUAACACCAGCAUCUGUACAUAAGGCACACCAAAUGGCUCAUUGUUGUUAUGGAAAUGCUAUGUUCAUGCUACAAAAAAUCAGUAUGUGUGAUGGCAGUUUUAUUGUAGAGUGGUGCUUAGGCACAAAAAACCCGGGACAUACAAACAGAGACAUAGAUGAUCACAGUCUGAUUUGGGGUGUCUGCUAACUCAUAAUGGGGAGUGAGUGGCGUGUCUUAGAUGACCCGCCCUUUGUUCUCCCCUUCCUGUGAUUGGUCUGCAGCAUGGUUUUCUGCUCCUCUCCAUGUUGUCCCUGUGUGUACAUCAUUUCCUGUCUGGAGAGGAAGAAGCACACUUGUGCCCAAAGACUCAUGCCCGUGCUCCUGGUCCUAAGAGGCCAGUGUGUGGAGGGCGUUCCAGAUCCUCGUUUCCUUUGACUUUGUUCCUGUUCUCUCUCUCCGUGGUUGGCUGUAUUGUGCUGCUCUUGUGAUGAUUAUUAUAUCUGUCUAUUCCAUCCCUGUGGGGUAUUUAAAUACAUGCUCUUCUGAUCAUUGCUUAAA